AUGCGCAACGAGCUCGUGGCGCGCUGCACUUACGUGUGGGCUCUGGACAAGCAGAAGAAGGAGGAAGAGGAGAAGAAGAAGCGCGAGGAAGACGCCAAGGAUGCGGCCCAGCGCGAGCGCGACGGCGAGCAGCAGAGGCGCGAGGCCCUGAAGAAGAAGGAGGAGGCGCGCGAGCGCAAGCAGAAGGAGGAGGAGUGGGAGCGCAUGCAGCAGCGCGUCGAGGAGGAGCUGCGCCUGGAGGAGGCCAAGAAGCGCGUCGAGGAGGAGCGACGCCUGCGAGAGCAGACCCUCAAACGCCGCAACGAGGCGUGGUUCCGCAAGAUGGAGGAGGAGAUGGCCGCGCGCGAGGAGACUCUUCGUCAGCUGCGCGAGGCCGAGGAGAAGCAGAAGGCCGCCGAGAACGACCAGCGCCGGGCCAUGGGCCUGCCGCCGCUGGUCGAGAGCAGCGACAGCAACACCAGCAGCAACUCCCUCAAGUACGACGACAGUGACAAGAGCGUCGACAUCGUGGUGGCGGCCGCUGCCCUGGGCACUUCCCCCAAGCGCGUGCUGAGCAAGCCGAUGAUCCCGCGCAAGCCGCUCCCGCCCACGCCCCUGAUGGAGCGCGAGCGCAAGGCCGGCAGCGAUCUGGCCGGCGAACUGGCCUCGAGGCGCGCCAAGGGCAUCAGCUGGGACUCGAUGGCCGGCGACAUGGUCAAGGUCUCCGUCGCCGCGGGACCCAUCGUGCACGAGCGCAGGUCGAGCGUUGACUCCGGCUCGGCUGCGGCGAAGAAGGCCAGCAGCGGCACCAGGCGCGUCAGCGACGUGGACGCCGCCCUGGACGCGGCCGAUCGCAAGGCGGUCAAGGCCUCCAAGCGCCAGAGCGUGGAGGGCGUGCUGGGCAAGGCCUCCAAGAAGCCCCUCCUGCUCCUCCGCCCCGCCGUCGCGCUCCGCAGCGGACCCAAGGACAAGAAGGCCAAGAAGCAGAAGAAGGACAUGGAGAAGAUCAUGAAGAAGCGCAAAAAGCUGCAGAAGAAGGGCGCCAACGCUCUGGUCAACGAGGAGCGUCCGCAGUGCCUGUACGGCGACAGCUGCAAGAGCCUCGAUCCCGACCACUGGGUGGUGUUCCAGCACACGCCGGUGGAGAAGCGCGAGGAGGAGAUGAAGAGCAAGGCCGAGAAGGAGGCCCGCAGGCGGGCCAAGGGCAAGGAGCGCGUGUCGACCGACGAGGACGAAGACGAGGCCGAGCGCGAGCGCCAACGCGAGGAGGAGCGCGAGAGGCGCCUGGCGGCCGAGCGCAGGGGCGAGGAGUCGAGCGACAGCGUGCGCGCGCUCGAGGAGGAGAUGCUCAAGAAUGGUGACACGCAGGACGAGGAGGCCUGGAAGGUCAUGCGGAAGCAGCUCGCCCGCGAGCGCGAGCGCAAGAUGGAGCUGGCCGAGAUCGAGCGCGAGAAGACCGCGCUGCUGACCGAGCGCAAGCGCAUCGAGUUCGAGAUGAGCUCGAUCCGCGCCGAGCGCAAGCAGAUCGAGGAGGAGUCGAGGUCGCGCAUCGACGUGCGCAGCCGCGAGAAGCAGCAGGAGCGCGAGGCCAACAACCGCGGACGCGUCGGCAAGGGCGUCGCUGCUGCCCAGCCCAAGACUCGCCAGGCCCACGUUCAGGAGCGCAACAACUUCUACAUGCAGAAGCUGCAGAACAUCAAGGACAAGAAGCCGCAGCAGCAGCCGGUGACGCCACAGAAGAAGUCGGCCGGCGUAAAGUCGCCGCAGCAGAAGGCGAGGGCCAGCGCGGCCAAGAACGGCGUCGCGCGAGUCCAGCCCGCCGCUGGCGCCCGUCCGCGAUCGAGGAAGGAGGUGAUGAAGCUGCGCGAGAGCGAGAUGAUGGCCAACACCAAGUUCAUGGCCAAGGCCCUCCAGAGCUAUAAGAGUAGCGACAAGAAGCACCUCUCCUUCCCCCGCGGCGCUUCCGUCAGAGUGCUUGUCGUGAACGAGGAAGAAGGCAUGUUCUACGGCUGCUGCAACAAGAAGGUGGGCUGGUUCCCGUCGUACUACGUCAAGACCGAGUGA